GUGGGCGGAGACACCACGGCCCCGCCUUCUGCAUCCUGCCUUCCGGAUUGGCUGACGUACCGGCGGCUCUGGCGGCCCCGCGGCUGAGAGCAUGGCCUCUCCGGAGGCAGGUAGGGCGCAGCCCAAGUUACCCGAGCGGAACUGCGGGUACCGAGACGUCCAGUACUGGGAUCAGCGCUACCAAGGCGCGGCCGAUUCUGCCCCCUACGAUUGGUUCGGGGACUUCUCCUCCUUCCGUGCCCUCCUAGAGCCGGAGCUGCGGGCCGAAGACCGUAUCCUUGUGCUAGGUUGCGGGAACAGUGCCCUGAGCUACGAGCUGUUCCUCGGAGGCUUCCCUGACGUGACCAGUGUGGACUACUCAUCAGUAGUGGUGGCUGCCAUGCAGGCUCGCUAUGCCCACGUGCCUCAGCUGCGCUGGGAGACCAUGGACGCCAGGCAGCUGGAUUUCCCCAGUGCUUCUUUUGACGUGGUGCUUGAGAAGGGCACGCUGGAUGCCCUGCUGGCUGGGGAACGUGAUCCCUGGACUGUGUCCUCUGAAGGUGUCCGCACUGUGGACCAGGUGUUGAGUGAGGUGAGCCGCGUGCUGGUCCCUGGAGGCCGGUUCAUCUCAAUGACCCCUGCUGCCCCACACUUUCGGACCAGACACUAUGCCCAGGCCUGUUACGGCUGGUCCCUGAGGCAUGCUACUUAUGGCAGUGGUUUCCACUUCCAUCUCUACCUCAUGCACAAGGGUGGGGAGCUCAGUGUGGCCCAGCUGGCCCUGGGGGCCCAAAUCCUCUCGCCUCCCAGACCUCCCACCUCGCCCUGCUUCCUUCAGGACUCAGAUCAUGAGGACUUCCUUAGUGCCAUUCAGCUAUGAGGCUGAAGCAUAGUUCUCCACUCUUGUGCCAUUCUGCUCUGGGCUCCUCAGGUAGUUGGAAUUCCUGACUCAGGACUUGGGGUUGGGUCCAAGGUGCUUACAUCCCAGGGGCCUCACGCCUAAGAGAGAGGGUGGGAAGUGAACCCACAUGAACCAAUACAGCUCAGCUCCAACUAGAUCCA